CGCCAUUGGAUUAAAGACAAAAAUAUUACUACCAAGUCCGGGAAGGAAGAUAACCGUUGCAGUUACGAUCGCAGCAUUGAAAUACAUUCUUUCUUGACGUACGCAUUGAAUCAAGAAACACUCUGUACGCAGACACAAUACAUACAUGAUACUAUUAUCAAUUUAUUUAUGAUAUAUAAAGAGUGAGUAUAUAUUCGGGUGAUUUGAACGCUUCUGGGGAAUCUGAUAUUCAAUCAUCAUCCAGCGGAUACUCUGUGUAUGGAACAGAAGUUUGUUGACAUGAUCGUGGACUCAUCCUAAAAGUUCCUUCUGCAUCCAUCUAUAUAAAGCUGAAACUAAAGGAUGAGGAAGUUUGUUCGUUCUGUACGGCAUUUUAGAUUAGCUUGUCAGCAUGGAAGGACUAACUCUAGUAAUGGAUCAAGUAAUGGAUCAAAGAAUAUACCCGAUUAUUUGGUUAGUACAACAACAAAUCCAAAGUCUUUGUAUUAUAGAGGAGAUGGCCAUGUGCAGCGAAACCCCUCUUGUAUAAUCACAAGAGCGUUAUGUACUGAAGUUUCUAACAUCUCAACUGCAGGAUCACAUUCUGGAGGGCCUCUUGUGGAGUAUAAGCGUAGAAUUGCUACAGGUGAACUUGUGGAUGGUGACAUUUGCCAGGUAGGCACCGUAAAAGAAAUACAGAGACUAUAUGAUGAGCUAAUUGAGUCGGAAAUAGCCUGUCGUUUGGACCGCUAUGAUGCUUCUGAGAAAGAAUUGAGAUGUAGGUGGUUGUGGUCCCGUCUCAAACCUCAGUAUACUUACUCACCUGUAAAAGGACUUUAUCUAUAUGGAGGGGUUGGCACAGGAAAAACUAUGUUGAUGGAUUUGUUUUUCGAACAGUUGCCUUCCGGUUGGAGGAAAAAGAGGAUCCAUUUCCACGACUUUAUGUUGGAUGUACACAGUCGCUUGCAGAAGCACAAGGGUGUGGCUGAUCCCCUUGAAGUUGUUGCAGCAGAGAUAUCUGAUGAAGCAAUUUUGUUAUGCCUCGAUGAAUUUAUGGUGACUGAUGUUGCUGAUGCAUCAUUGUUGAACCGUCUUUUUAGACAUCUAUUCAGCACUGGAGCUAUUCUUAUUGCUACUUCCAACCGUGCUCCAGACAACCUUUAUGAGCGGGGGCUGCAAAGAGAUCUUUUUCUGCCAUUUAUUUCUGCCUUGAAGGAAAGAUGUGCAGUGCAUGAAAUUUGUUCGUCAACAGACUACCGCAAAAUGACUUCGGCUGAGCAAGGUUUUUACUUUGUUGAGAAGUAUCCGUCAGGCCUUCUUAAGCAAAAAUUUGAGCAGUUGAUCUCUCAUCAUAAGGCUGUUCCACAAAAGGUGGAAGUCAUAAUGGGAAGAAGAUUGCAGGUUCCGCUUGGUGCUAAUGGAUGUGCAUACUUUACUUUCGAGGAUCUUUGUGACAAACCUCUUGGAGCUGCAGACUAUUUAGGAUUGUCUAAGAACUUUCAUACCCUGGCUUUGGAUGGAGUGCCAAAAUUUGGGCUCCACAACAGGGCAGCAGCCUAUCGUUUCAUCACUCUAGUUGAUGUUAUGUACGAGAAUAAAGCCCGACUUAUAUGUGCAGCUGAGGGGACUCCCCUCCAGAUUUUCGAAAAAGUUGUCACAAUUUCUGAUGCACAGCUUAUGUCACCUAGAACUUCAAGGUCGAGGAAGAAUGAUGAGAUUGACCUUUGUGUGGAUAACGAAUUGGGUUUUGCAAAAGAUAGGACCAUCAGCAGGUUAACAGAGAUGAAUAGCAGUGAGUAUCACGAGCAACAUGCUGAAUUUUUGGCAGAAGUGUGGCACCAACAAGGUGGCGAUAAAGGGCUACAAGGAUGACAUACAUUCGUUAGAACUUAGAACUAAUGAUGAGGAGAUGGUGCAGAGCUUUCGACGAUCUUGCCACACCUGAAAUAAACCCGAGCACUAUUGGAAAUAAUGGUGGAUGCUUCAUCUCUGUUAUCCAUAGCGCUGGUAGCCAAUCUCACCAUUCCCUUGUGACAUUUCCAGCCCAUCUGCACCAGUUCACCGCAACAAGGUCUUGAGACCUCUACCAGACCGAGCAGAGCAUUCUUUAUUUCUCUGCCACAGGUAUUCGUCAGAUUCUCACCACAAUUUGCCACGAAUCUCACAAAUUCAGAUGACAAAUUGUUAUCAGAAGAUGGGGAUGUAGCAUGCAAUGGAAUGUACUCGUUUUGGAGCGAGGAAACAAGAGAAGGAGCCAGGGUGAAGAUGCAGAGUGUGAAGAAAAAAACCAUGGGUGACAAGGUUGCAGACUUAGCUGCCAUGGUGAUCAGUAGAGCUUGUUCUCUUGAUGGAUUUUGUGUCGAGACAUAAGCUAUUUAUAGGGUUGGAAAUAUGCUUAAUAGUAUUUUGGUUUCAUUAAACUGCAUUUAUGUCUAUGUUUAAUUGUUUGAGGUUAGUAAUUACAUUUAUUGAAACACUUGAUGCACAAGUAACUUAUUGCUUCAAUAUAUUUGUACAUGCA